GAUUCCCGUGGAGAUGUGAAACGACUUCCUUUUGUGGUUUUAGUUUGACACGGCAGAGCGGAAGUGGAGGGGUGGUGACAGCGGAGAGCUUGUUGGUGGGACUCAGCUGAGAGUCAGAGAGAGCGAGUCAGAGCUCAGAGACGCUGAGAGGAGAAAAGCGGAGUUUAACUGACAAACGGGCGGGUUGAUCCGCGGGACUGAAGCUGUUUUAAUUCAUUUUUCUCGGCUCCUGUUGCGGAUGUGCCCGUCCUGAGGACAGCUGGAGCUGGACCACACCUGGUCUGCAAACAGGAUGGUUCAGACUCGCAGGUCAGAAGCUCUGAAGACUGUUUGCCUCCCUCUUCAGGCCCGUUGUGGAACUAAAGCUUCACCGUCAGCUAACAGCUAACCGAGCAGUAAGACGCCUAGUUAGUGAAGCAGUCCUGUGGUUGGUGUUCUGACUGUUGGAUGGCCACAGGAGUGAACUACUGGAACUCUUAUGAACCCAGUCGCAAGGUGAGAGAGAGUGUUUGGGGAGGUGAGCAGGAGUCGAGUAGUGAGGAAGGAGGAGGUGGAGAGGGCAUAUGGGACACACAAGCCAUGGAGGUCAAAGGUCAACUCAUCUCAGCACCUGACCCUCUCACCUGCCCAGACAGGAAGCAGAGGGAGCGAAUGGUUGAGCUACAGGAGAGGAGGCGGAGUCUCCAGGCGCUGCUUAGCAGCCGAUUGGCUGAGCUGAGACGCAUCUGUCUGCAGGAAGCUGAGCUGACGGGUGCAGUGCCCAGUGAUUUCCCCCUGGAGGCAGGCGAGAAGCCCCCCUGUGUUCGUAGGAGAGGUGGGACGUCCCGCCAGGGAAACAGGAAGUGUCGAGUAGAGGAGGAAGACGCUCAGCGUUCGAAGCCGAAGAAAAAUUUAUUCAGUGGAGCUCUGAGGAAACACAGCGACUCUGAACACAAUGCACACACACAGACACACACACACCACGGCAAGAGGACUGUCCACAGAGGCUGCCACACAGACGACACGGUGAGGUCAGAGAGCAGCUCGACAUCAGACUCAACAGGACACGACAAUGAUGACGGUGUGUCUCAGUGUCGCCCCCUGCUGGUUUCUUCUGGGUCUCCAGUGGAGGUUUUCUAUCAGAACAGAACCAGGAGGAACUCCCUGCACAACAGAACUGAGCAUCCGGACACCCAGAAGCCCCUCCCACUGCCUCCCUCACAACCUCCUCCACCUCCCCCUCGCUCUCAGGACUCCUCUUCCUCUGGCCCCUCUGACCCUGGAGCAGGAGGGGAGGCAGGACUCAAGGCUAACGGAGCUCGCCGUAGUAACAGCUCUGAUGGCCUCUUGGACCGCAUCACCCCUCCUGAGGAUGAUGUGGGGGUGCAGCAGGGGGGAUUGUGGGUAAACGGGCUGCCGGGGUCCAGAGGAACAAACACAGCCGGAGCAUAUUGGAACUCAGAGACGCUGACAGACGGACGGUCGAGGGCAAAUGGAGUCAGCGAUGGGAGAGGAAGAGGGGGAGGUGCAGGGCGAGGAAGAGGAGGAGGAAGGGGAGACAGAGGAGGAAGAGGAGUGGGGUACAGUGAUGUCCUGCUGGACUAUGUUUGGGGGAAACAGCAGCAGCUGCAGAGACAGCAUUCUCAGCCCCACAGACAGCCAAUCACAUCGCAGCAGCAGCUAGUCUACAAUGGCUACUCCCAGCAGCCAUCAGGAGCCCCGCCCACCUACCGCGGUCCCCAAGGCGACCAGCGGCGGGUCACGGUAACCCGAACCAAAUCGUGCGGUCCGUUCCUCCCGGUGCAGCAGAGCCAGACUGAUACCCACAAUCCCCCUCUGGUCGCCAUUCAGCCCGACCCCCACCCCCACCUGCUGCCCCCGACCCCCUCAGCUGCCCCCAACCAGGACUCCCAACUGGAGGAGGCCACCAGGAGCCUCCACAAGGCCCUCGCCCUGGAAGGUCUGAGGGACUGGUACCUAAGGAACACCUUAGGCUCCUCGCACCAGAACCAGGCCAAUGGAAAGGUGACUGCAGGGACCAACGGCAGUAAGAUGAAUGGAGGGGUCAAAGGUCAGGCGGGAGGAGGGGGGGCUCUGCAGCGGAGACGGACGACACACGGUGUCAUUCAGCAGUCGGCCUAUCAGACGGAGACAAAUCAUCAUCACGCUGCGCCGCAUCACAAACACACGCUGCCGCAUUCAGCCACGUUCCACGGACACCCGCUGCACGGCAGGUCUGUGGAUGGCUCGCUCUACCACGACUCGUUCCCUGCUCAGAAACAGGAAGUCCCUCUCAGAGAUCCACCAAUGGACCAACCGUCUCCUGGUACUCUGGUCUGACUCACCAACCAAUCACGAUGCUGAGAGGCAGGCAAAGGGACUAAUUCCAGGCUGGCUUCCUGGGAUUAGCAGUAUGAAGGAAUGCGUGUCCAGCUGUCUGAAUCAAACACACCUUUGUCUUGGUCCUGAUGGAUGGAAGUUCCUGAUCGUUCAGGUUGGAAAACCCCGCCCACCUCGGUCCUCGUCUGCCCUCAGGGUCAAGCUUCUGUUUGUAAAAAUGAACCAAACCCCAGACCAGGUCCAACCCUCCUCCCUCCUUUAUCACAGCCAUGUUGGAGGUCCAUCCUCCUCGCUGCUCGGGUCACUGCUGCUCUGCUCGAUGAACUUCUUCUAUCAGGGAUGGACUUUAAGUCAACAGCUGCUUUUCCACCAAAUUCUCCAGGAACAUCAGUUCUACUAGGAACUAAUGACAGGAAAAAGUUCCUGCAGCGCUCUGUGGUCCAAAGAAGGAGAUUGUCCCCUGCAGGCAUUAAAGCCUGGAUUCAGAAAGUAAUCCGUAUCGUUCUGCUUCACCCUGAUUACUGCCACCAAAAGCGUCAGCUGCUGUGGAAGAUGCUACAUUACUGGACUAAUUAGAGAUGUUCACAUGCACAACGUGCCCUGAGAUUUCUCAAACUAUCCUAACGGCUACUUUACUCUGAGGGAUUUUAGUUUCUAAGAUGUAAACAGCGUAAACGGUCGUGGUCAAAUCUUUGGUUCUCUUUGCUCCAGGGAGUCUCAGUUCUCAGAGGAACGAACUCAGCCCGAUGAUCAGUGACCAAAAGCAGCCGUAACUGUUCAGAAAAGAAGGUUCGGGUUCCUACGGUGGCAUCAGACUGAUGCUGAAACACCAGCCACAUGCUGUACGCGUCUUUUCUGAAUACAUUUUAAGAUUUAUUGUUAAAAGCUGCAGAUGGACGAGCCGAAGACGAUUCUCUGCUUUCGUGGAAAUCGUUAUUUCUCAGGCGUUCAGAUUGCAGUUGGAGAUACAGCGUCUCUCAGAGGUUCCUGUUUCUGGGAUAGCUAAAAAAAAAGACUUCUGGAGUCCUUUCAGGGAUGCAGCCAUUUUCUGAAAGGUUUUAGAUUAAAGCAGAAACUUAACAAGGUGUCUGUGGCUCUGUUUCUACACCCUCGUCUUCAGACUGUGCUUAGACAAUCAGACUCUUUAAACACCAACGAGGAGGAGGACAUACCUCCUCUGAAGACAGAUGACAUCACCAGCUACCUGCAGCCAACCAGCAAAGCGUAAAGAGGAACUUUUUGGUGACUUGAUCAGGUGACCUGUCGAUCCCUCAGGUGAGUCCAGGCAGGGAGCGUCGCGGUGAGGUUCUCCAGCGUUCUCCCUGUUUGGACUCAACAUCUCUGCACUAAAACUCGAGCACAGAGUUUACUCCUGACACCAGCUGAACUGUCGCUGCUGCUGUUUGUGGCUUUAAGCAGCUGCAGAGCCCUCGAGUAGAAACCAAACGUGAACAGAACAGAAUAAAUCCUCUGAAGAAGAAGGAGCUUCCCACCUCACUGCUGCAGAGUGACUCACUGAAGCUGACGUGCUCACGAGUCUUCUUCUGAAAAGGGAAACAUUUUCUGUACACGUUAAUUUAUCUGACAACUUUAGAUGCUUGCAAACGGGACACUUUAAGAGCCGAUACAAACUGCUGAAACGUGCACUUGGUUUCUGAAAACUCGACUUUUUAACCGAGUCAAAGGAUUUGAAAUGUGAAUAUCUGACACUUUUCAUUUUAGUAAUUCACUUCUAAUCAUUUUAAGGUUUGGAUAGUUUGUUGGUUUCCACUGCAGGAACAGCGGAGAGGUUUUAUGGUAAAGUUUUUAACUUUAGCAGCACUUUGCAGUGAGAAGUUACAAACACAGAAAGUUGAACUGGACAUUUUAACUGCCAGGCAACACCGUCUGCUCCCCUGGCAGCUGUUUCUUAUCAAAGAGCCAUUUUCACACAUGCAACUCACACAACUUUACUAUGACUUCAGCCCAGAGGUGCAUGUGCAUGUCCAGCUCAGUCAGAUCACAAAUAAACCAGUAUUUAAUUCCCGAGUGCAAAGUCGACACUUUAGCCAAUGCAUGAAUUCUGGUGCAUCAUGGCCUCCUAGCUGCCCAUUCCAGGCAGUUUCCUAACUUAAACCCCUGAGAGUAAUUUACAUGAUCCUGCUGUGUUCUACUUGUGACAAAUGAAACUCAAACACUUGUAGUAUAAACUUAGAAUUUGGACGACUACCACAUAUUUUGUCAGAAGCCUGCCCUGGACGACUCCUUUCAGGGCAAAACAAAAGCACAUGCUCAGUGGUCGAUAACCGCCUCCUUUAGGCAAUGUGCUUGAGAUGGUACAUAUUAAGUGGGGCUCUUUGGCGCUCUUCCACAGGUCACAGAUUCGGUUUAGAAGAUCCUUUUAAGAAAUGUUAAAGGUGAAGCCAUCAGUUUAUCAUUAGAGAUCAAUAGAACAUCAAGACAUCACAGGAAUCCCCUCAAAAUGUUCAACCACUGUGCCAAUAAAAAGCAAAAGACACUAAUUGUUUGGCUGCCAUCCCCUUUGGUGUAGGCUUCUCUCAUUUGGCAGUACGCUGUUUCCAAUACUCUUUUCUAUGGAGCUGAAACUUGGAGGGUUUGGAUUGUGGUAAAAUAUCAUUUUUUAGUUAUUAUGCAUGUGGCAGCCUCCUGAGAUCAGUCGCCUUCAUGCACCACAAACAGCUGCUUCUAUAUUUUCAUAAGGCCUUAACAGUUAGCACACAUUAGCAGAGUGACAGCUGAGAAAGUUGUUUGCAUUUGUGAAAAUUAUAGAAGAAGAAGAGUUAAUGAAUAUUCAAGCCAUUUGGCUCCAGUGACUCCCAUUCAUUGAGGGUUCUGCAUUAACAGGAAGUGUAAAGGCUCUUUGUUGUAUGACUUUGGAACCAAUUCAAGGAAAAUACCUCACAGCUACCCAUAGUUCCUGCAGUGGAAACCCCUCCCCAGUUUCUGUUGUUUGUGUUUUUUUUAAACAGUGAAUCCAGAUUAUGAUCAGCAGAUGAAUCCAUAAUGAAACAGUCAUCAGCUGCAGCUGCGACACAGUUUAUUCUCACAGAAAGACGAAAAUAGUCACGUCUAAGGGAACCGGGAGUUGUUUGAUCAGACACUCGAUUGAUUAAGAGGGAUCGCUUUGGAGGUUUCUGUAUUUGUGGUUUAAAUGAGAUCCAGAUGUGGAGAAACAGCAUCAGCAGCUGGAAAGCUGCAAGACCACUCAGACCUUCUGCCCCAUUCGGAGCCCUCGGUGAAGCCACUGUCCCGCUGAGCUGACCGGGACUCCAGGUCCAGGCCGACUGAAGCAAUAAGAGGAGCUGUUCCAAGUUUCCCUUUGAAAAUUUUAACGCUCUUUCAGGAAAGGGGAAAAAAAAAAAAGCAUUUGCAGUGACAAUCAGGAAAUGUCACAGUCGUCACAGUAGUGACUGGUUAAUUGAUGAAUUUGAAUUUAUUCUGGUUUUUUUCUUUUGUUUUUUUUGGUACUCUGCUUCAGAGAAAUGAUUUUAUGAAAAUGCCCGUGAAUGAAAUGCAGCUUUUUCAGCGCUGUGAAGUCAGUGUUAUUAAUCCAUAAGUUAUUGAUCAGGAUCUGUGUCCACACGUUCCUACUGUCUGUAUUUAUUGAUUGUUGUUCAGCGUGCGGUUGGCUCUGUGUUCUUAAGUUGCAGCUUUGCCUGACCCAGUCCCAGCUUUGUAUUUUUUAAUUCAGCUUCACUGAAACCGGCCUGACCUCCAGCUUCCCCCACAAUGAAGCCGCGGUCACAUGACCCAGUGUGACUACAAACUCAGACCAAGUCGGUAGAUCAGCGAGUGAAGACUUGAGAGGUUAUGAUACAUCAAAGAAAGUUUCUCAGGUCACAGAUUCACUUUAGAAGAAGAUUUUAAGACAUUUUAAAGGUGAAAAACAUCAGAUUUGUGUUCUAUCAGCCUUUUCACAAAAGCAAAAAUCAUAUCUGAUUUAAGUUUGGCUGUCGUCCCCGUUAAUGUAGGCUUCUCCCGUUUAGCUCUAUGGUGUUUCCAACCCUGUACUGUCGAUUUCAACGUGGAUCUCAGACUUACUCAGAGAGCAAACGUCAACUUUAAUUUUGAGGAUCAAGAGAGCUGGAUCUCCAGCUUUCACACAUGACCUCUAGCCCAGAACUGUUCCAGGACUUACCCGAAUACAUAAGCUGGUCUUUAAUCUGCUCCAGCUUUUGGAUGUCUGGUGUCAUGUAGGAGAGCCAUCUUUGAGACAGUCCAGAGUGAUUUGGUGCCUUAUGAAGCUGAAGCUUCAGGCUAUUUUCUAACACUGUUGAAUCAGACAUGAAUGAGUAUUUAACCUGCCAGCUGCCUAGUAAAAGUCAUAGAUAGUGGGUUGUGGGUAUGGCUGAAUAGACCAACUAACAGUAGGGUGCAUUCACCACAAGUGAGAAUAAAUCUAUUUCCAGCAGUGUAAGAAGUUUAAAGUCUGUGUGAAAACAGCUGGAGACCAAAUAGUGUCUUUACUGGAAGAGCCCACAGUGUUAGGAGGAUGAUCUACGCCUGGUUUUCUUUAAAAAAUAACAGGGCUGCCCAUAUUCUCUCCAGUCUCCAAGGAUCAUAUUUUAUCAACCCCAAGCUCUUGUUUAAGGAGAACAUUCGGUGCAAACCAAAUGAAUUUAAGGAAUUCAGCAGCAGGUGAUUUGGGAGAGGCUGGGAAUGUUGUAUCGACCUGGGAGUGAGUAAUGGCCAAAUUUAAAUCAGGUCCAUUUGUUGGCAUUUUUUAGGCACGUUUGCAAAACGUUUCAGUCAUAUUUUGUGUAAGCGACCUCCAGAGAUCCAGGCAGGGUGUUGGAUAGUUUUAUUUUUCUGACUGGAAGUCCGGUCAUGUGACCCUCCGGCUUCAGAAAGUCUCAGCAUGCCCCUCUCCUCACUCCACGCUCACACCAAAGCAGAAACAUGUGAAGAUACGAUGUAAAUACAGCACGCGUGUUCACGACUGUUUGAGCUGCCGUACUGCCCUACCUGUACAUAAUACUGCAGCGCCACUAAAAGUACUGCAUUACUGCAAUACCGGGAGAUAAUGGUGUGGUACCAGUCUGAAUAUUUGUCACAUUCUGUACUCUCCAGUACCAGUAUUAGCUUGAGUGCAGUACUGUACUCCUGUUGUAGUACUGGUAAUGUGCAGAGCCAGUAUUCAGGGACCAGGACUGCAGACGUGCCGACGUCCAGGUUCAGCAGAGCCUCUCUCAACCAAACCCUGUACAGUAUUUUGAUGAUUUAACAUUUAUUUCUUUCUGUGUCUCAGUAUGAGAGUAAAUUUCCUCCAGCUGAGUGAAAUACUUUCAUUUUUAGUUUAAAACUCCGUCUCCUGUACUGCUGAAGUUGUACUAGUCUCCAGUACAGCUUUUUGCAAUGAGGGCCUCCUGCUGCCAUUCAGUGUCCCAGUUCAGGUCCAGGACCAGCUGUAGUACCACUGUGUGGACUGUGCUCUGCUACGAUGCAUUCAGGUGCACUGUGUACAGUCUGGUUUUUUUCUGCUGUACAGGAACUCUGUUUAAAAACAAAAAAAACAAAAACAGGUUUUCUAUUGGUCGUUUAUACUUUUUCCACUCUGAACUCUUUGUGAUGUUUCAUGAUGGAAAUGAAGCUUGGUGUAAAUAAAGCCUGAGGCUGUCAGCAGGCGCUUUUUAAAUAAAGAUUUCGCUUCCUUUA